AUGACGACGAGCACCUCACAACCAGGGCAUAUCAUGUCCGGUGGUGACAUGGACCGCCAGCACCACCACAUCAUCAGCACCACGCAAGCACCGCCCUUGGCCAUCAGGACGGACGUAAUGGAAAACUACAACAUUAUGACUCCCGAGCAACACCAUCACCACCAACAACAACACCAACAUCAACAUCAUCAUCAUCAGCGCCAGUUCCCCGUCCAGGACCCCCAGCAACAAAACUACUACCAGCUCUCUGCCGUCAGCCAGCAGUAUCAUUCACCGAGCAUGAACCAGACGGCCUGGUCCUCGCCCCAGUCCAUUUCGGCCGACGAUUUUGACAGUCGCAACGCGAACAACGUCAACUACUCAUACCGUGGUCAGGCCGUUUCCGCAGCAGCAGCAUCUUACAACCCCUCUGUUCUCUCGCCCCGGACCUGGCCCGCCGCGAUCCAGACUUCUCCCCCUACCACGUCUAGCGCCGCCCAGUUCGACCUGCCCCUUCGCUCCCAGGAGCCCGUCUAUGACGGCCUCAGCAACUCGAUGUCCAUGUCGCCAGAGGAACUCCACGGUGCUGACCUCCAAGUCCAUCUGCACUACGACAACGGGGCCUUUCACCCGCAGGGCUUCGACGCGCGCCACCUGGAGAGCGAGCGAUUUCAGUACGAGUCCUCGCCCGCCACGGACGCCCCCGGGUCCCCUUACACGGGCUCGCCGGCGUCCUUCCACGCAGACUUCAGUGUGGAGCCGGACGUGAUCCCCCCUCCUCCUCCUCCUCUCGCCACCACCACCACCACCGGCAGUACCAGCACCAUCACACCACCCACGAGCACCCCGAGAGCGUCAGCGGCGUCCAAGGAGAGCGCCGGCGGCGAGGAGCCCUACGCCAAGCUCAUCCAUCGGGCCCUGCUGCACGCCCCAGACCACUCCAUGACCCUGCAGGAGCUGUACAAGUGGUUCCGCGACAACACUGACAAGCCUCACAAGACGGAGGGAACCGGGUGGCAGAACAGCAUCCGCCACAACCUCAGCAUGAACGAAGCGUUUAAGAGAAGGCUGCAAGCAAUUUUCCCCCACAUGAAUGGCAACGGCACGGGCACGGAGAAGCGCGUGUCGGAGUGGUACCUCAACCCGCAGUAUAUCAAGGACAUCAGGCCGACGACGCACUUCCGCGACGGCAACCGCAGCUCCUCCCGCGCCCUCUUCUCCCGCCGAAACACAGCUUCGGGAGGAGCAGGAUCAGGAGCAGGAGGAGGAGGUGUGGGCGGCGCCAGCAGCAACAGACGGAACAGCCCUCCGCGCUCUUCAACCGUUACCCACUACCAGAACCCCGACUACCCGAACCGCUCCAUGCCCGGGCGCGCCAUCUCGGGCCGCCGCGGAGGCCGGGCGACCACCUCUGCCCGGAACGCCAGACGUCAGCGCUCGCAAACAGGCUCUCUAUCUCCCGUCAUAGGCGGCCCGACUAACACCAGCGCCGCCGCCACCGCAGCAGCAGCAGCAGUGGCUCAGCAACAGCAGCACCUCCAGCAGCACUACACGUACUCGGCGGCCCAGAUCCAGGGGUACCAGACGCGUGCCGGCGAGAUGCGGAGGCGAAGCCAGAGGGCCGAGCAACAGCACCACCUGACGAACCCCAUCAUGGGCGGCGUCGGCCCCAUAUCGCCCGUGACGCUGGCCAGCAACAACACGAUCGCGCCCGUGGCCUUCAUGGGCGGCGCCAACGGGGUCCAGGGGGGGGUGGCUCCCCAACCCUACCAGCUCCAGCAGCAGCAGCAGCAGCACUUUGGCCUGGCCGACGUGUCCGGGGUGUAUAACCCGUCGCCCCCGGCCGACGAUGUCAUUUACGGUUGGGGAUCCGACGCCCAGAUGUAA